AUGGCAGAGCAAUUUCCGGAGGUUUUCCAAGACGAACUCGGACUGUACACCCGUGCUCAAGCCUCAAUUCAACUACUACCUGACGCUCAAUCAGUAUUCCGCUACACGCAGGAAUUUUGUCAAUCAGAUGGAUUAUCACACCUUCCACGACACCAGACGUCCACCCCAGAAGACAUGGUGAUUGCAGCUAUCACGUCCGACGCUGACGCACUUUGCGCACUGAACGACACUAUCAUGGGAACUCCCGUUACUGCAGAGGACAUCAAGCAUGCCUUGGUCAAUUAUCCCAAUGUUCAAUCCGCGAUGUCAUGGACUAUAUAUUGCUGGCCACCUACGUUGACCUCCGACGAGCUGAAACAGUUAUAUGUGCGACGUACGUCCCGAUCUGUGGUUGACUCAUGCCUCAUGUUUGCCAAUCGUGUUGUCAUUCCAUCGUCACCACCUUCACGAGUACUCCGCUGA